CAAUCCUUGACUUGACCACUACCAAAUACAAAAUUAGUAUGGCAGAUCAAUAUAAAGAAAUGGAGGUAGAUUCCGUGAAGCAACCGGAAACGACGAAGCCAGCAGAUCAAAAAGAGAAGAAAGCUGAAGUACCCAGAACAGCUUUACAGGAUGUCGAAGCCAAUAUUGUUGCUUUAAAUCAAGCUACAAAACAAAGAGAUCCAAGACUUGUAUAUCGGGCUCUAAGAACAACUUCCAACAUCAGCCGUCGCCUUUCUGUCGAAAGUUUGGGCCAUCUUAUCAAGAAAUACUAUGCUUCUGAACCUGAAACGAAAAAAGAACUUCUCAGCGUGAUUGGCGUGGAUGGUAUUCAGAUGGAUGAAACCAAGGACGAAAGUGAAAGCAAGGGGGCUGUUCUUCCAGAAGUUAGCAUGUAUUUGCAAUUGUUGGUUGGCGUAACGUUAUUUUAUAAUGAAAAAUAUGAUGAUGGUGCUUGUUACAUGGUAAAGGUUGUGCAUCGCUUACAGUCAUUUGAUCGUCGUACAUUGGAUCAGAUUGCAGCAAAACUUUACUUUUACUAUACCCUAUUCCUUGAGAAAUGCAAUCGUUCUGUGGAAUGCAGAAAUACUCUUUUGGCAGUACACCGGACGGCAACUCUUCGUCAUGAUACAGAAUUACAGGCGAUGGUUUUGACUUUGCUUUUGCGCAACUACAUUCAUUUCAAUCUUUAUGAUCAAGCAGAUCGAUUGGUCUCAAAAACAGUAUUUCCUUCCAACGCAAGCAACAAUUUGGCAAUUCGUUAUCAAUAUUACCUUGGACGAAUUCGCGCGAUUCAGUUGGAUUAUACAACUGCUCAUGAACACUUGGUGAGUGCCAUUCGAAAGGCUCCGAAUACCAUUUAUGCCGUUCAAUUUUUACAAGCCGUUUACAAGUUGCAUGUUGUUGUUCAGUUGCUCAUGGGAGAGAUUCCCGAGAGAAGAAUCUUCCGUCAAAAAUCUUUGGAAAAAACAUUGAUUCCUUACUUGCGCAUUAGUCAAGCUGUGCGAAUUGGUGACUUGAAUGCCUUCACAGAUGCAUUGUCGAAAUAUGAAACUGAAUUUCGUUAUGACGGAUUGCAUACACUGAUAUGUAGAUUACGCCAUACGGUGAUUAAGACAGGCCUGAGAAUGAUUUCUUUGUCAUAUUCCCGAGUUUCUUUGCGAGACGUGUGUAUAAAAUUGGGCUUGGACAGUGAAGAAAGCGCCGAGUAUAUUGUUGCUAAGGGCAUUCGAGACGGUGUAAUUGAUGCAAGCAUUGAUCACAACAAUGCGUUUAUGGCCAGUAACGAAGCAUUCGACAUUUAUUCUACCGAGCAACCUCAGCAAGCAUUUCAUGAACGCAUUCAAUUUUGUUUGGCACUUCAUAAUGACAGCGUGAAGAGUAUGCGCUAUCCGAUGGAUGCUCACAAAAGUGAGUUGGAGGAUGUAGAAGAAGCUCGUCGACGAAUGGAUAAAGAAAUGGCUGAGGCUGAUUUAGAUGACGAUGAGCCUGAUUUGGGCGAUUUUUAAAAAAAUUUCGAAAAGUUGGAAAUCGUUGUUUCGUCUUUAUAGAGAAGAUUUAUUACACGUUGAAUGAAAGCAAUGACAAUUCAUUUUGUAAG